UCCAUCAAAGCUUUUUCUGCCAUAUAAAUUUCUCCAACAGUCUAAACUUUUCUCUUUGUGACCUCAGUAGUCCCGUUACAUCUGCAGGAAAAGAAGCUAAUCUAGAUUUAGUGAUCACACUUUUCAAGCUCUUCUUUUAAUGACCAGUCCCAGAAAAUUUAGAAGUUAAAUCCAUGCUACUGCAUUUUCAAGCCCCAGAAAAACAGAGAACACCAUACUACUACUACUACUACAUUUUAUCCAAUGUCUUCUAAACCAACCUCAUCUCAUCACAUGGGCUCCCUCUUCUCUAUUAUCACAUUGAUAAUCCUUUCAUGGGCAUCCUUAGCAUCAAAAAAAGCUGAAGCUCAGGGAAUUCAAUCAGCCCAUCUUCUUGAUCUUUACAUCAGAGACUACACUUUUAAGUCCUACAACCAACACUUCAGGACUGGAAUACUGCACACUGUACAUUUACCAGCAAACUUCUCUGGCAUCAGGGUCGACACGGUGAGAUUCAGAUGCGGCAGCCUCCGAAGAUAUGGUGCACAGGUUAGGGAAUUUCAUCUGGGUGUUGGUGUGACUGUGCAUCCAUGUGUGGAGAGAGUCAUGGUAGUUAGGCAAAAGUUGGGAUCCAAUUGGUCUUCCUUAUACUAUGCUAAUUAUGAUCUAUCAGGAUACCAACUUGUGUCUCCUAUUCUAGGCCUUCUAGCUUAUAAUGCUGGAACCAAUGUGAAUUUCAGCAACUCUUUUGAGCUUGGAAUUCUUGCAGGAGCAAAACCCAUCAGAGUAGACUUCAGCAACACUACAAAGUUGAGCAAUAUGCAGGGAAUUAUGCCAUAUUGUGCUAGUUUUGAGAGUGAUGGAAAAGUCACACUAGCAAAUCAGGUAUCACCUAAUGUAUGUGUAGCAACAAGGCAUGGCCAUUUUGGAUUGGUCAUUGAGACCCCCCGGCCAGGGCAGUUGAGGGGAAAGAUUAGCCGGUGGAAAGUGGCGGUCGGAAGUUCCGUCGGGGCGGCAUUGGGUGCUUUUCUUUUGGGUUUGCUUCUGGUGGCAUUGUUUGUCAAGGUGAAGAAGAAGUCAAGAAUGGAAGAGAUGGAGAGAAGGGCCUAUGAAGAAGAAGCUUUGCAGGUUUCCAUGGUUGGACAUGUGAGAGCUCCUACAGCAUCUGUAACUCGAACAUUGCCUGCAAUUGAGCAUGAGUACGUACCUCCUCCUCCUCGUGGAAUUGUCCAUUUGUGUCUCUGAUUAUUCUUUUGUAAGAGUAGCUGAAAAAAGAGAAAGGUAUUGGUUAUGAGAUAAAAACAAAUUCAAGCAUAGGUUCCACAUAUUGGGAGAGGGACAAAUCUGU